AUGGCACCUGCACAACCUCAUAUUGCCGCUCAGCUCCGCCAACUAAUCUACUACCACCUCGACAACAACCUGCUCAGAAACGCCCUCUUUCUCGCUUCCCGCCUCGUCGCCUACGAACCUCGCUCCCCCGAAGCUGCCUACUUGCUCGCAUACUGCCAAUUUCAAUCAGGGUUCCUGAAAGCCGCAUGGGACACUUCACGCGCCGCAGCUGUAAAAGGUACCCAUUUAGGAUGCAGCUACGUUUUCGCCCAGUCGUCCCUCGAACUCGGUCGAAUUGUCGAAGGUCUCACUGCGUUGGAAAAGUGCAAAAACCUCUGGCAAAACAGAAACACAUGGGGUCAACACAAUGAGCUGAGACGCCAGCAUCUCCCUGAUGCCGCGGCCGUCUUAUGCCUCAAAGGGAAGCUCUGGAAGGCAAAUAAGAAUCUGAACCAGGCUGUCGAGUGUUGGGCCGCCGCUUUGAAACUGAAUCCAUUCAUGUGGGAUGCGUUUACGGGGUUAUGCGACACUGGAGCGAAAAUUAGUGUGCCCAACAUUUACAAGUUGAACAAUGAGAUGGUGGCAGCGACGCAUUCUGCGCAACAGCAGAGCGCAAGGAUUGAAAACGCACCGACCGAGAAGGGGUCGGGUGCGGUUUCGCAAGCACCAUCAGAUCCUUUUGUCUCGACGCAAAAGUCAAGCACGCAGCACCCGCCCGGGCACCCUGUACUAUGGGAAAAGCUCAAUGGCAGCAAAAUGAGCGUUAAUACGGUCAGCACGAUCUUGGACGAGGAAGGUCUCGCCACUCCGUCAACAGAGGCCGAAGGGGAAGAAGGUGUCCUUCACGGCGCUCCACUCAACAACCAAAAUCACGAACCGCCGCCGGCACCAAUCAGAAAAGCAAAGGGCUUGACGGAAACACAUGCAGAUCCUCCACCUAGGUGGAAGCCAGGAUCGACCAGGAUGAGAGCAAAAGCAAAAGGUGCAUCGGAUGAUUCUACCACUGUCUUACAAGAUCCUCCUCCGCAGCCACUACCGGCAGCACCUUCUAAGAGAACGGUUUCGGGCCAGCUUGCUCCAACAUCGUCUCAUGCUGCGUCUUCAAGUAUUGCCGAAGGAACGAGAAGAAGUAACCGGUUGCUCAACACAACAAGACCACCUAGUGCGAGUAGCACAGCCGGGAGCAAGAUUUCGUCCCUGGCAAACACGCUCGGUUUACGAGAAGGACGAGAUAUCAAGAAAGCGAAGGCCCCAGUGCCGAAGGGCAGGACAGCAAAUGCAUCCACCGUCGGAAGAGUCGUGAGUGGCAAUAGAACGAGGACCGGGUCGGCAGAUCAAAUGGACCUGGACGCCAAAGAACAGAAAAAUGCUGCCAAUGCAAUCGCUCCUCCUCCAGUACCACCUAUCCCAAACAACAAAUCACGAGCACCCUCGACUGCGGAUAGGGAACUAGAAGCGCUCCAAACUCUCUUGGAUCUUUGUGGGCGAAUUGCUUCUGCGCAGCUCUGCCUUGCCAACUAUGACUGUCAAACCGCCAUUCAGAUAUACAAUGCUCUUCCUUCGUCACAACGUGAAACGCCUUUUGUCUUAAGUCAAAUUGCCAAAGCCUACUACGAACAGGCUUCUUACAUCGAGGCUGAGAAAUUCUUCAUUCGCGUACAUCAGCUUGCGCCCACUCGCCUCGAGGAUAUGGAAGUCUACUCGACAGUCCUCUGGCACUUGAAAUCAGAGAUUGAACUUGCCUACCUGGCGCACGAGCUUAUCGAAAUUGACCGAUUAUCACCUCAAGCAUGGUGCGCGAUCGGAAACUCCUUCUCUCUCCAACGUGAACAUGAGCAAGCAUUGAAAUGCUUCAAGCGCUCCACCCAACUCGACUCACAAUUCGCGUACGGGUUCACGCUCCAGGGGCAUGAGUACAUCGCCAAUGAGGAAUUCGAGAAAGCACUUGAAGCCUACCGAGCAGCGAUUGCCGCAGAUGGCAGACAUUACAACGCAUGGUACGGUUUAGGAAAAGUUUACGAGAAACUGGGCAAGUGGAAUAUUGCGGAGCAGCAUUACCGAACGGCAGCAAAGAUUAAUCCCACCAACGCAGUGUUGAUAUGUUGUAUCGGCCUCGUCCUUGAAAAACAAGAACAUCCAGAAGACGCACUCCUUAUGUACACUCGUGCAUGCAGCCUCGCGCCUCAAUCGGCCUUGAGCCGGUUCAAGAAAGCAAGGUGCCUGAUGAGCUUAGGGCGUCCGAGGGAAGCGCUAGCGGAAUUGAUGAUAUUGAGGGAUGUGGUGCCGGAUGAGGCGAAUGUGUGGUUUCUCAUGGGACGCCUGUACAAGACCUUGAAAGAUAAAGGCAAUGCUGUGAAAGCCUUCACCAUGGCGUUGAACUUGGAUCCAAAGGCUGCUCAGUUCAUCAAAGACGCAAUGGAGAGUCUCAACGAUGAUGAAGACGAAUAUGAUGACGAUGUGGAUGAAGACAUGGAGUGA